GCCGGGCUCCAUUCACGCCAACAAGUUUGGGAGAAUGUUGAGUUCAAUCGCGCCGGAGCGCCGCGAUGGAGCACAGCUCGCUGCAGUGGGUCGGCGCCCCGUGCGGCUCGCACGGCCCCUACGUGUUCUACAAGGCGUUCCGCUUCCCGCGCCGCGGCGGCGCCCGCCCGCGCGUCCUCGCCCUCGGAGACUUCUUCUUCGUGCGGAGCGGCGCGGAGCAGCCCGCCUGCAUCGCCGAGCUGCAGCUGCUCUGGGAGGAGCGCACCAGCCGCCAACUUCUCUCCAGCUCCAAACUUUAUUUCCUCCCCGAGGACACCCCGCAGGGCAGGACCAGUGACCACGGCGAGGAUGAAGUUAUCGCCGUGUCGGAGAAGGUGACGGUGAAGCUGGAAGACCUGGCGCGAUGGGCGCAGUCCGACUUCUCCAAGUGGCGGUGCGGCUUCCGGGCGGCGCCGGUGCCGCCGGCGGCCGCGGGCCGGGGCGGCCCCCGGGAGGCCCUGGCCAGGUACCGGCAGUCCACGCUCAACAGCGGCUUGAACUUCAAGGACGUCCUGAAGGAGAAGGCCGACCUCGGUGAGGACGAUGAAGAUUCAAACCUGCUAAUUCUCAGCUACCCGCAGUACUGUCGAUACCGUUCCAUGUUAAAGCGCAUUCAGGACAGGCCUUCUUCAGUGCUAACGGACCAGUUUGUUUUAGCCCUGGGUGGCAUUGCAGUAACAAGCAAGAACCCCCAAAUCUUCUACUGUCGGGAUACAUUUGAUCAUCCAACCCUUAUAGAAAAUGAAAGUAUAUGUGAUGAGUUUGCGCCAAAUCUUAAAGGCAGACCACGCAAAAAGAAGCCAUGCCCACAGAGAAGAGAUUCAUUAAACGGCAUUAAGGAUUCCAACAAUAAUUCCGAAAGCAAAGCUGUUGCCAAGGUAAAGUGUGAGGCUAAGUCAGCUUUGCCCAAACCCAAGAGUAACAACAGCAACUGUAAAAAAGGCUCAAGUGAGGAUAAAUCAAAGAUUGCCAUAGGUGAAGAAUGCAGAGCUGAUGAGCAGGCUUUCCUUGUGGCACUUUAUAAGUAUAUGAAAGAAAGGAAAACACCAAUUGAACGAAUACCCUAUUUAGGUUUUAAGCAGAUUAACCUUUGGACUAUGUUUCAAGCUGCUCAAAAACUGGGAGGAUAUGAAACAAUAACAGCCCGUCGACAAUGGAAACAUAUUUAUGAUGAAUUAGGUGGUAACCCUGGAAGCACAAGUGCUGCUACAUGUACUCGCAGACAUUAUGAAAGAUUAAUCCUGCCAUAUGAAAGAUUUAUUAAAGGAGAGGAAGAUAAGCCGCUGCCUCCAGUGAAACCUCGAAAACAGGAUAACAGUUCCCAGGAGGGUGAAGCGAAAACAAAAGUGUCUGGAACAAAACGCAUCAAAAAUGAAAACCAAAAGAGCAAGAAGGAAAAAGAUAAUGCACAGAAACCCCAGGAUGCAUCUGAGGUUUCAUCAGAACAAGAGAAGGAUCAAGAAUCAGCAGACCAGAAAAAUUUCCCCGAACAUCCUGCAGUGGGAGAGAUGAAACAACCCGUGCAAGGCCCUCCAUCUCUUUCACCAGAGGCAGCUCGGCCAGUGCCUCUGGAAAAGACAGACUUGACAGAAAACAGCUCAAAUAGUGAGAAGGCCAAGGAGGAAGUCCAGCACUCAUCCUCUUUCUCAAGUAUAGCAAUGUCCUCGGAGGAGGAGACCAUGUUGGAUGCCACCAUCACCAAGCAGUUGCAUCCUUCAGCAGAUGCCCUGGAAGACGCAAAGCCAGAACAAAGGUUACACAAAGCUUUUACUGACAGCUUAGAAAGUGAACCUCCAGAAAUGCCCUUUACGGCUUUUCCGGUCCAGCUGCCCACUCAAAGCGACAUGGAAGACGACAAAUUGCCGGAGAUGGCCGAUUACAUCGCGAACUGCACAGUGAAAGUGGAUCAGCUGGGAAAUGAAGAUAUCCAUAAUGCACUCAAGCAAACACCUAAAGUGCUGGUGGUCCAGAACUUUGACAUGUUCAAGGAGAAGGAGCUGCCCGGUUCCAUGAACGAUGACUCCACUUUUGGUUACACACCACUCCUCUACUCAAAAGGUAAUCCAGGCAUCAUGUCACCCCUGGCAAAGAAAAAACUGCUGUCACAGGUCAGUGGGGCCAGCUUGUCUUGUAGCUAUCCAUACGGUUCUCCUCCACCUUUGAUUAGCAAAAAGAAACUAAACAGCAGAGAUGAACUGUCCUCUAGCAUAUCACAAGGUCCCCAUGCCCUUAAUUCAGAUCCUGUAGCAAUUAAUAGGCCAUCAGUCAUACAACACGUACAGAGUUUUAAAACGAAGGAAGAAAGGAAAUCGAUUAAUGAUGUUUUUAAGCAUGACAUACUAAGUAAACCGGAUCAUCAGCGCUGUGAUUUUUCAAAACAUCACCUCAGUUCUCUUGCCGAGUCGUACGUACCGAAGACAGAUAUCCAGGACUGCAAAGAUAAAAUGAGUGAGAAAAGGGCACUGCAGCACUCCCAUGUGCCCACUUUCUUGGCAGAUUUUUAUUCAUCACCUCAUCUGCACAGUCUUUAUAGGCAUACAGAACACCACCUUAAUAAUGAACAGACAUCAAAGUAUCUCCCUCGGGACAUGUUCAGAGAGUCAGAAAAUAUUUCUACUUUUACUCAACACAAACACCAAGAAAAACUAAAUUUAAAUUAUCACCCAUCUUUGCAUCAGCAAGAAAAAAAGGCAGCAGUGGAGGCCUCCUCAGAUGAUCAGCCAACAGAUUUGAGUCUUCCAAAGAGCGUACACAAGCAGACUGCAAAGGCUCCAGGCUCCGGCCUCCCUCACGCAUCCAUGGCGCAGCAAGAAGGCAAAAGCAUCUCCCAGUUCCCAGCUGCCAGCAGCCAGGCUGUGAGCCUAGACUGCAACCCUAAAGCUUGCCGCGUGUCCCCCAUGGCCAUGACGGCCCCUAAAAAACACAGCGAGCUGCUCCACAGGUCUGGGAAACAGCAGGCCCAGAGACUGGAGAAUCUGAGGAAGAUGGAAGGGAUGGUGCAUCCUAUCAUCAGCCGCAGGACGAGCCCUCAAACCAUCGGUGCUGCCCGGCCUUUGAAACGGAGCCUGGAGGAUUUGGACAAGGUCAUUUCUGAAAAAAAAAUCCGAGCUGUCUCUCCUCUGCACUUACCAAAGGAGACCCCGGCGAAAGAAAAGGUUCCCGAUCCAGAGGGGGAAAGCAGCAAAUCCGUGCACAGCAUACAUUCUGGCAGCAUGUUGGAAGGCCACAAAUUUCCCCUUUCAACCCCCAUCUUCACAGGCCUGUAUCCAGGAGCACUGUGUGCAGGGCUGAACAAUCGCCUCCCGCCCGGGUAUUCUCAUCCUUUACAGUACUUGAAAAAUCAGACCAUGCUUUCCCCACUAAUGCAACCUUUGGCUCUUCAUUCCUUCAUGGUGCAGAGACAGUUCCUUACGUCCCCUGCAAAUUCGCAGCAACUGUACAGACACUUAGCUGCAGCAACACCUGUAGGAAGUUCAUACGGUGACCUUUUGCAUAAUAGCAUUUAUCCUUUAGCUGCUAUAAACCCUCAAGCUGCAUUCCCAUCUUCCCAGCUGUCCUCUGUACACCCCAGCACAAAACUGUAAAUUCUUUCACUCUCUCUCUCUCUCUCUCUCACACACACACACACACAAAAAAAAUCUGAGGAAAAAAAAUAAGUUGGUGACAUUCCUUCCCUGUGAUGAUGUCUUGCAGAAUUAGCAAUCUAUAUUUUUCUUAACCAGGAUGCAGUCUUACCCCGUGCAGUGGAAUGCUUCCAAAUUGGAUCCAGACAGGACUGCUGCUUUAAUUCUGGCUCCCACAUCACCCCUUAUCCCCUUCUCCUGCCCCCUGAAAAAAAAAGGAAAGAAAAGAAAAAGAGAAAGAAUUGCAUUUUGCAUAUUUGUUUUCUGAAAGGACUUGUAUAUGGUGAGAGCAAAAGUUCAAAGGGAGCCAUGGAAAUGCAGGCCCAGUCCUGAGCUCACUGAAAUCAGAGGUGACAGUUGCGUUUGGUUUUCAUUGAGCCAAGGAUCAGAGGCGUUGCGUUGUUUCAAAUGAGUCAAGGACUCGAGAUGAACCUGAAAAGGAGAAGAGAGCCGUGAAUCCAUACAAUCAUUGGAUGUGGUUUUUGGGGUAACUUUUCGUAACUUUUAAGAUUCAAUCAAUGCAAUGUAUAGUAAAACGGCAAUAGAUUUUUCAUUUUAACACUAUUAGAAACAGAAGGGUAAACACUGUUUAAUUUGACUGUACAUAUCCACUUCGUAAACUACCAGUGUCACAUUUGGUCACAAUAAUUUAUAUAGUUUUGUUUGUCCAGUAUAUUCUGUGCUCUUUAUGUUUGUUUUUUUGGGUUUUGUUUUUUUUUUUAAAUUAAACAGUAUCAUUUUAUCUGCAACUUUUUUUAAAGACUGUGGCUGUCCUAAUUUUUUUUUACGUGUUUGUAAUUUUUCCUGUUUCUAUAUACUUUUGAGCAGCGUUUUUGUUUUGUUUUUGUGGUAACGUUUACUGUUUACAAACUGAAGCAACUGGUUCAGAUUAAUCUUAAUGGAUAUAAACAUACUGUAGGUAAUAUUAUGGUGCGAGGAUGCAAACAAAGUUCCUUUUCCUAUGGUCCGAUCCUGCAAGGUGCUGAGCACCUGCCGCUCUCCUAGUGUUGCCACGAUGGCUCAUACGCUGCUUUUUCCCUCCCACCGAGCUUUGCUUUCCCGUAUUGUGGUCCGUGAAUUUGUCAAGAGUUGUACUUACCUUACCUAGGCUGUGAAACCCUCCUGCAUACCAGAGAACCGAUUUAGGAAACAAAACCUCACUGGCACAAGCUGCUGAAUAACAGAGGAGUGCAGAGAACGGAUUUGUGGUUUGCGAGAAUGUCAAGAAUUUCGGGAGUUAGAACAGGAGCCAAUGCUGAUCUGAAUCGGAGGGUUUGCGAGCCCGGGGCUCGCUGGCCGGGUCGGGUUUGGCCUCCCGGCUCGGAGAGCACCGCCGGCACCCGCGGGCGCGCGUCUCCGCCGGUGCCGCUCAGCAGGGCGCCCCUGGAAACGCAGCCCCCUCCCCGGGGCCAAAAAAGGGACUUGCAGCCUGUUGGGAUGCUCCUUGUGCACCCACGCCGGGCGCUAAGCCCUCCUCCCGGGAGUCCUUGCAAAGUGUAAAAGCCCGGGAGCGAAGGGACUGGGUUUUCGUAACGAAAGAGCUUUCCUGUGGACGUGUGUUCGCUUUGAAGGACGUCACUGCCGUGCAGCUAAGCAUAGACAUCAGUAAAGAGAAGUGUGACUUGGAGGCAUUUUACAAUGUGAAAAUUGGUUGUGAUUCAAACCAUCUCAGUUACUGUUCAAAGACAGUGUAAUCAAUAUAAAAACAGAAAUGGAAACUACUAAGAAACACUUUGCAUGCUAGGCAUGUCAUUAAAAUUUCCCGUGAUAUGAAGCCAAAUACAAUAUAUAAUGUAUCAUAGUUAAUAUCCAAAGGUGGAAACCAGAAUAAUAUACUCGUCUACUGUUAAAGAUCCAGCUUCUUCAAUUAAAUACUUUAUAUUCCUGUGGUAAAACUAUAUUUAAUUGAUCGUAAACAGACUAGUAGAGCUUAGAACAUGAACGUGCCAAUGCAGAGUAUCCUGCUGUUCCACAAACCGUUAAGGAAACAAAAUCGCAAGCUCAGCUGGGCAGAGGCCAUAAUGUUGAGGACAUCUCUAGUAAAGUUGCACUAGAUCUGA